UCAGGGUCUUUCAGCUUCAUCUGAACCUCAAAGUUAAUCUCAUAUAGUCUCGUCUGAAGCUCCGAUUUGAUUUGAAGCUCUGAUUUUAAUACAGAAACACAGACAUGUCUGCUGGUCCUGGGUCGCUCUGCUCCACCUUGCUUUUUUUCAGCAUCCUCAUGUUUGUCUCUGCAGAUCAAAAGACCGUCUUAGCUGUGCCUGGACAGGACGUCACUCUGACAUGUCAAGCUCCAGAUAACAAACCUGUUACAGGUGUAAAGUGGAGCAGAGAAGACAUCAGAGAUAAAAAUGUCUUUUUGUACCACAAGAAGCGUUUUGAUACCACCAACCAGCAUCCAUUUUUUAAGAACCGGGUGGAUCUGAAGGACAGACAGAUGAAGAAUGGAGACGUGUCUUUGAUUCUGAAGAAUGUGAUAGAUGCUUGUAAUGGAAAAUACCAGUGUCAUGUCUUCAUUGAAAAAACACACUCAUGGAAAUUCAUUAGAACCAUCAGACUGGGUGUUGUUCCUCCAGGUAAACUGGGGAAAAUUAUUGGCGGGGUCGUUGGUUUGGUAGUUGCCAUUGCGGUUGCUGGUUGUGGUUAUCUGAUGUGCAAAAAAGAUAAAACACAAGAAACCCCGAAUCCAGAGUAGCCUCUUGCAGGCCAGCAGCAGACUGAAAUGGCUCAGAGCUCCUGACGGCUCGACUCCGAGUCUCCUGCUGCUGCUCCAUAAUCCUGCGUUGAUGCCAACCAUGGAGAAAGACACACCGAUCAUCAUCUUCAGACAUCAGACCAACAGUGUGUGUCUGUGCUGUCUGUCAGUGACUCUGGGCUACAGUUUAUUCAUCUUCAGGCUGUUACUCAGAUUUACUGACACAAAGUCAAACUGUGUUACAAAUAAACAUGAAUUUAUGAG